UUUCAUUGGGAGUGCGGACACUCAGACUAGAAGAAGAAGGUUUCGGUGGAAACUUGAGGACAUGCGGCGUCUCCUGCAAACUUCACUCAAACCAAAGUUUGUUGUAGCCGGAGGAGGACACCGAGCCGGAGGAAUGAACUGAAGAGGAGAGGAGAGGAGGGAGGAGAGGAGAGGAGAGCCGUUCACUCCCAUUGAUCCGGAAUCGAGGUAUUGAUUCAGGCCUGGCUUUAAAGAACACAGGAGAGGUGGGAAUCCUCAGAGAACAGUAGUGAUCUGAAAUGUGUCAGUGAGCUGUUUGAUAGAAAGACACCCGGAUGUCAGACUUUAAAUCAUAGUGACAUCUGAUAGUAAAUAAUAAUCUGUAUUUAAGAAGCUUUAAUCAGGUUUCAGCUUUAAGGUUUGUUCCUGUUUAGACUGAACUAAGACACUCAUAAUGCUGUCAGAGAAGAAGUUCACUUCCAGAGAAUACACACAAGUACAAAGAGAGGUGUGUGUGUGUGCGUGUGUGUGUGUGUGUAUCCUCUGCUGUUGCCAUGAACACCAGUGUGUCACCUAAUGGGAAACCAGUUCAGGCAUCCAGCCGUCAUAGUCCUCAGCUUUGUGACCAUUCAGAGCCGAGUUUACAGACAAGAUCAACACUGCGCACUAAGACGGGGAACCUCUUGACUUGUAAGCGUGUAAACAUGUCUUAUAUUAAACAGAUUUACACGAUGUGCUGUUUUCCAUUACGCACACACUUAAAAGUGAAGCUUCACUGUGAGGAGAAAAAGGUUAAAGACCACAAAAAUACCUGUAAGAAUCUCAUGCAGAUCGGUUUCAGCUGUUUCACCUUUAUGGUAACACCUGGUUUAUAACAAAAUACAGAGACAUCCUCUCUCUAUAAUGCAAUAACACCUUUAUUUUCACCAACAAAAACAACAUUAAAUCAACCAGUUCUCUAUUCCCCCAAAUUUGAUCAUCAUUUACUUUGACGCAGACUUUCAAACGACUCUAGACUGAAUCUCUGAGAAGACAGGCUAAACUGAGGGAGUCAGAGUGUCAUUUUCACACUUUAAUUCACGUGCACUGAUGAUUUCAACACUUGGCCAAUCACUCCACAAUGACAGGCAAAAGUCAAGCUAAAAACUUUAUUAAAACAAAAAACUCUAAAUACCCAAACAAAGUAUUUAAAGUUAAACAACAUUACAAAUAAGUUUAAUUAACUUUAUUGUGAGGGUUAAUUGGGCAAAGUAUACUGAGUGUAAACUAGACCUGUUAUUGAUUCGAGAAAUAAACUAAUGUUAUGUUUCCAACGAGGUUUAAAUCCACAGAAAUCAGAAGUUUUUUAAACGUCUGUGAUCCAUUAAAAACAUAAAAAACAGCAGAUUCAGUUUCAGAGCGUAACCAGGGCCGUUUUAUUGUGGAAAAAAUCAUAAUUAUGAUUAUUUUGAUUGAUAUUGAUCAUGAUUAUGAAAAACAAUUACCCGAUUACUGACAUCUGCACUUGUUUAUGCAACUUAAUACCGCUUUAAAAAAAAAAACAGGUAAACUGAAGUGUUUAGUCUACUUUUUGUUUACCAAAGCAUGUUUGUCCAACUGAAUCAUACUACUGAGAAGAACCAAACGUCACUUCUUCACUUUAAGAGAUUCAGCUUCAUUUUGGUGAUAACAGAUAAUAGUAGAACCAUUAAUGAAAUAUCAGUGAUAGUUCAACAGUUAUCUUUGGCCAUUGAUUUGAUUUAUACAGUCUAAUCAGCAUCUAUAAUAUACUGCAGUCUCUCUUCAAAAAUGUGUGCUAUGCAUCAAAGUAUGCAUUAACUGUACAGAACUGGUGAUCCCUAACAUCUGUGCAGAGACGUCAGGGAACAGUUUGUACAGAGCUGUCAAAAAUACUUCAUAUAUCCCUGUAUCGUAGUGGCUUCAGAGGUGUUUUGUCACGUCGAUGUUUGAAAAGUUGAAUUUCUUGCUGGAUUUGCUGCAUCAUCCUUAAAAACACAAAGACUGUUCCAGCGUGCUUUUGUUGGAGCUGUCAUUCAAGAGUAUGAUUCGUGUCAGUGUCCAGAGAGGAAUCAAAGAGUAGUGAGAAAAGCCACCAUCAAACCGUCCUCUCCCUCUGCUCUCUCGGGCACCAUGAAUAAUGCGAUCCUUUUUUACUGGUCAUUAUUCAGCUCCAAAGAUUGUAAACGGAGGAGAAAAAAGGCCUCCUCAGAGUUUUACUUGAACCAGAUGGAUUCCUUUCAGAUUACACUAACAGCCAAGUUGGCAAAUCCAUCCUGAAUGUGGUUUUACGAUCACCACUGAUAGCAGAGUUUUGUGAAUUUGUGCUGAAUCACACUUUUAGAGCCUCACUUUGCUGCUGUUUUGUCCUUAAAGGGUUUUGCUGCGUUGUGUUUUUUUUCCUCUUCAUUGUUGUCGUUGUGUUUGUGUUCAGGGCUCCUGCAGAGAAGAUGCAGACUGCUGCUGCUGCUCUGACUCUGCUGAGUGUUGUCUUCAGCCUGGACUGCCUGUCAGCUCACCGGUCCAAACCAAACCAGAUCCAGGACCAGGACCAGAAUGACAGAAACACUCAGAGGGAUUUCAGGAAGGAUUCGAAGAACCAGCCGCACAUCUUGUUCAUCCUGACAGACGACCAGGUGGGUUUGAAGGAUCUCAGCUCUUCUCUCAGUCUGUUCAGAGUCCUCAUACUUCUAACCAUAGACUGUAUAUGUCUAUGGUUGGAUGUCCUCUGCCUCCUCACAGGGUGAAGCCUCUGCUAGAACAGCACCCCCUGGUGUCUGGUUGCAGUACAUGUCAUAAACCUAUUCCAUUCUUGAAUCUGACCCAUUCGACACCAAUUCUAGAAUCUAACCCCUUUGAUGCCAGUUCUAGAAUUUAACCCAUUCAAUGCCAGUUCUAGGUUCUAGAAUGUAACCCAUUUGAUAUCAGUUCUAGAAUCUAAACCCCUUUGACGCCAGUUCUAGAAUCUUUGACAUCAGUUCUAGAAUCUAACCCCUUUGACAUCAGUUCUAGAAUCUAAAUCCUUUUGAUGCCAGUUGUAGAAUCUUUGGUAUCAGUUCUAGCAUCUAACCCCUUCAAUGCCUGUCCUAGAACCUAACCCCUUUGAUGCCAGUUGUAGAAUCUAACCCAUUCGAUGCCAGUUCUAGGUUCUAGAAUGUCACCCAUUUGAUAUCAGUUCUAGAAUCUAAACCCCUUUGAUGCCAGUUUUAGAAUCUGACCCCUUCAAUGCCUGUCCUAGAAUCUAACCCUUUUGUUGCCAGUUCUACAAUCUUUGGUAUCAGUUCUAGAAUCUGACCCCUUUGAUGUUUUUUCCUCAUUCUACCCACUUUUCUUCUGAAGAACAAAGGGUCAGUGACUACCUCUAAAAGAACCAUUUUAAAGUCAUUGAAUGUUAUCAUAUCUCUCCCUGUAAAGAUUGUUAGUAUGUUAAUAACAGUCACUUCAUGACUCUGUGUUUUUGAACCAGGGCUUCAAUGAUAUCGGCUACCACAACCCAAACAUCAAGACUCCCACUCUGGACAAACUGGCAGCAGAAGGUGUGAAGCUGGAGAACUACUACGUUCAGCCAAUCUGCACGCCGUCACGCAGCCAACUCAUGACCGGCAGGUGCAAAUACCAACACACUUUUCUGCAGUUCAUCUUGUAAAGAGGUGGUUGUAUGGGUAAAGAGUGAGGCCAUAAUUGGCCUGAAUAUUGAAGGAAAAUGUGAUUUUUAAAGGACAGCUGCAGUUUUUCUUUUUCUUUUAAACUGAGCAGACACCUGUCCACAUACCUAUACGUGUACGUCCUUGGUUCUUGAGUUAUGAGUCCGUUCUCCUCUGUCCUUCCCCUCAGGUAUCAGAUCCACACAGGACUUCAACACUCCAUCAUAAGACCGAGGCAGCCGAGCUGUUUGCCGUUACACAUGGACACUCUGCCUGAGAGGCUCAGAGAGGCCGGAUACACCACACACAUGGUCGGCAAGUGGCACCUGGGAUUCUACAGGUGAGACGGAGACUGCACAGGUGUUAGUGUGGUUGAACUCCUCCUGAUUUUCUAUUCUACAGUUGAAUUAAUCAAAUUCUCCCUUUUUCUUUCAGGAAGGCCUGCCUCCCCACCAGAAAAGGCUUCGACACGUUCUUUGGCUCUCUAACAGGGAGUGUGGAUUACUACAGGUGAACGUGUUAACGAUAAACUAGGACAGGUGAGGGUGAUCUCAGUGUUUCCUCUUCUAUAACUCACCUGUCUCCACUCUCUCCUCAGUUACGGCUCCUGCGACGGCCCGGGGUUGUGUGGGUACGACCUCCAUGACGAUGAGAGUGUAGCGUGGGGUCAGGAAGGGAAAUACUCCACCACGCUGUUCACACAGAGAGCUCGCAAGAUCCUGGAGACUCAUGAUCCCUCGGACAGACCGCUGUUCCUGCUGCUCUCCCUCCAGGUAUCACCCUGAGGUUCAGAAAACUUGGGAGAAGGUUAAAAUUACACACUCAAAAAAACAGCUGCAAACUAGGAAACUAGGAAAAUAGGUCAGACCGGUCACAGCGCGGCGUGUUUAUGUCUGCAUGUUUGGAGCAGAAAUGGUACAAUAACACGGAAACCACAUGAAAGCCUCUGUUUGCCGAUGAGCAUCAUGGAUCUGGCCUCUCAUGGACCCUCACCCUUUAAUUACAAUCAGACCACACAGGAAUGUCCAUUAAAAGUUCAGAGGAGCCUCAUGUUAUUAUUUUUGUUUAUCCUCGACUGUUGUGGUCUGUCAUGGUCAUUGGAGUUGUUGAAGUCUGGUUAAAGCGGUUUGUGAGAAAUCGAGCUGACAAAUGCCAAACCAAACGAGGAACAGAGAGAUGUUUGAUUUGAUUUACAGUCGGCACCAAGAGGGGAACAUUGAGUUCGGACUUUUGCAUCCCGAUCAGACCACACGGUCGGCUGCUUUCAUCCAAAAAUAAUGAUGUUAAAAAAAAACAGCCUGUAUUUUGGACAUGUAACUUUGCUGUUUGUUUCCCUGCAGGCGGUUCACACUCCUCUGCAGACUCCAAAGUCCUACAUCUACCCGUACCGUGACAUGGCCAAUGUGGCCAGGAGAAAGUUCGCGGCCAUGGUGUCCACGGUGGACGAGGCCGUCCAUAAUGUCACCUACGCCCUGAGGAAGUACGGAUACUACCGUAACAGUGUCAUCAUCUACUCCACCGACAAUGGAGCCCAGCCGUUCACAGGAGGGAGCAACUGGCCGCUACGAGGUCGAAAGGUAGAGAAGACUCAGUGUUUCACCGCUCAUAGACAGACUUUAGUGUUUUAUCUUUCAGUGUUUUAAAGGUUUGGAAUCUCCUAUUUUGGAUGACAAGAGAAAAACUGACUGAUCCAACUAGGACAUGUGAUUUAAACUGUUCGAGUUAGCAUUCAUUAUGAAGGAGAACAUCUUAACACGAGCUUGUUAACGGACCAAGAUCCAAUCCUGCUGAGUAGUUUCACGUCCUUCAGUUCAGCCAUGUUUCCUCUCAUUAUAAACAGCUGAGUGUUUUCCUGAUUUUGUCGAGCAGACUUGACAGUCUGACACUGAUCCUCUGUGCCGUUACACAGCUGAGGUAUCAGUGCAAACCAAUGUUAUUCACAUUCUCCCCUCCUGUCUAAACUACUGACUCAGUUAAAGUGAUUCUCUCUGAGUUUCUUCCAUGAUAUCAUAAAUAUGCUUUAACUGACGUUUGGAGUGGUUCUCUUGUCUUUGUUUCUAGGGGACAUACUGGGAAGGUGGAGUCCGUGGCGUGGCGUUCGUUCACAGCCCACUGCUAAGACGCAGGAGACGGGUCUCCAACGCUCUGCUGCACAUCACUGACUGGUUCCCCACACUGGUGGGACUGGCUGGAGGAAACAUCAGUCAGGUCAGUGGAUCUCCUUUUUCGUUUGUUGCCUGUUGUCUUUGUUUCAGAUGUAGGAGCCUCUCGCCUCUCCUGUUGGUCUGUAAGUUCAGGACAGUAAAUAGAAAACUUCUUUUUUUUUAACGGGGAACAUCACCGACCAUUUUACAGCUCCUUAAAGCAGAGCAGAUGUAAAGAUGAGGCCACCCAGGCGACUGAUACGACCGCCUCACUGCACUCUGGGUGUCGGUUCUGUAUGUUUUUCUUGUUUUCCUGCCAAAACCGUGACUCAGCUGGCAUUUGCUUUGCUGUGAAUUGAUUCCCGAUGAUUUCAUUAAGUGCACAAGUUUUUUUUUCAUAGUUUCAAAAGCUCAUGAGACUUGACCGACUUUUAUCUUCAUUUCGGCCUCAAACUCUGUCGAAAGGUCGGGAUGCGGAGCUACCUUAAAACCGUUUUUAUUCACUUUCAUGGAGAUAAAUUUGCUCCUGACCAUUUUGUUAAGUGCUCUGUCUCUAACAGUGGCUCUAUAGAUAAUUUGUGUUUUCAGUUCAGGCAUAAAUUCAUUUUAUUGGCGCGUCAGUUCAGUCUGAGCACAGCUCCCAAAGAGCUUUGCUGGCUCAGUAUUUAAGAAGCUUUUAUUGCCAGUGUAGAUAAGUCUUACUAUCUUGGCUAAAAUCAGAACAAUAUCUGUGUAAGGCAGGAGCUCGAUGGGAUAUAACCAGAAGAAAUUUAUGAUUAGAUAUUCCUUUGGGGGUAAAAGUUUGUCUUCUGGCAACGUGUGGAAACGUGUCCACUGUUCGUCAGAUUUAACGGUACUUCAGCUCGACCACAUGUAACAGGGACCGCAGAGGGGCCGCAGAGGGGCCGCAGAGGGACCGCUCAUUAUUUCAGCCAAUUAUCUGAUUUACAGAUUAUAAACAGAAUCAAAGAACCUGCACCUGAAGUGAUGGAUUGCUGGUGUUACCAGAGGAGUUGUAAUAAAUCGAGAAACAACAGGGUGUCUGUUUGGUUGCAGGUUUUUCUUUGUUUCGCUUACUUUUCGGGUGUCUUUUGAGCUGUGUACCGUGGAGCGCAUUGAAAGGAAAGUCCAGGAUGAAGUCAUUUGUCCAAAACUGCUGCCUAAAUAAGUGGACCAUUGUGUAAAGCACUUUGAAUUGUUAUAUAAAUAAAGCUGUUUCCUCUGCUGUUGUACCAGAGGAGUAUGUUAUAUCUGAAUCAUUCGGACUCCGUGUGUUUGUUUCCCUCUCAGAGCCGGGGCCUGGACGGGUUUGAUGUUUGGCCCACCAUCAGUGAGGGGAAGGAGUCGCCUCGUCAGGAGAUCCUCCACAACAUCGACCCUCUGCACAAACCUCCAGUUCAAAACAUGAAGUGGGACACCAGCACAGAGGAAGACUCCGGUAACAACACAGAAGUUUUAUUAAUAGUCAAUAGAGGGUCACGAUCUAGAAGUAAGGUUUUAAAACUGGUCACAGAAAAUUCAGUAUUUCUUCUUCUACAUGAUCCUUUUGUUUUUGACUCUCUGUUAGUGAGAAAAUCCAAAGGUCCAGGUCCGAACUUUAAGAAGCAGAAGAAGAAGAUCCUGAGGCAGAAACCCAAGCAGAAGUCGGCGUUCAGGGUGAAGAAGUUCCAGAAACCUCAGACGUUUCCUCAUCAAACUAAACUCAAAUCCAAGCCUCUUCCUGAACCCGAACUGAAAACCCUCCCAAAAUUAAAACUCAAACCCAAACCCACGACCAAGACCAAAACCAGGAGGCACCCUCAAAGCCAGAAACUGUCAUAUUACAAACCACAUCAUAAGUCCUUCUCCAGUGGUUCUCCAUCAGCUUCAGGAACAUCUCGACCUGACACUCAGUCUCAGAAGAAACCACGUGUCAGGUCAAAAUCCAGGAGGAACAUUUCAGAGAACCUGUCGUGGACAAGACCACCUCCACCGAAAUCCAAGCCUAAACUCAAAUCUCAUCUCAAGUUCAAGUCCAGAAGGACGCCGUCCCUACAUCAGAACACGCCCAGGCAAGGGACGAAGCUCCCAAAAUCCCAUCCAACACCGAAAUUCAAGCCGCCGUCCUCCCAGCCAGUGUGGGACACCUCAGUCCAAGCCGCCAUCAGAGUGGGAGACUGGAAGCUGCUCACAGGAGACCCCGGUCAUGGAGACUGGGUCCCCCCACAGGUACUGUAGAACAUCUCCUACUGUUAUGGUGUUACUCUCUGAUCAGAUUCAAUCAAUGAUCUCAUACUUUAAUCCUCAGGUGCUCGCCACUCUUCCUGGUCCUUGGUGGAACCUUGAGCGAGCCCAAACAACGACCCACCAAACCUCCGCCCACAAAAACGUCUGGUUGUUCAACAUCACGGCUGACCCGUGCGAGAGGCAGGACCUGGCAGACCAGAGACCGGACGUGGUCAAACGACUGCUGGACAGACUGGUCUACUAUAACCAAACAGCCGUUCCAGUUUACUUCCCGCCUGAUGACCAGCGAGCCAACCCGGACCUGCACGAAGGGGCGUGGGUACCCUGGGUGGAUGAAGAGGAGGACGAGGAGGGGAAGUACGAUGGAGUGUACAAGAAAGGACGGCACGGUAAGAAGAAAAAGAAGAAGAAGUGCAAACUGUGCAAGCUGCAAUCAUUCUUUCUGAACCUGAACACCAGGAUGAUCUCCAACCGGAUCUGAGGUGACGCCGUUAGACCCGGGACAUUUAAGACCACAACCUCUACUCCAUGUCCUGCCAACAGUAGGAACCAUUUCACUGCCUUAAGUGAAAACAGAACUUCUUCAUUCAAAAGAAAAUGUGCGGAACAGGAGCCUGAAAAAUGGACCCUACAUUCAUGUUCUCUUCAUCUUCCUUCAAACUCUGGAAUCACAACAAUCGACCAGCUCCGAUCAGGGCCAACCAUGCCCUCCGUCCAGUUUCACGUACUUCAGUGUUACCUGUUGGCAGUCCAAAAAAGACUCGUCCAGGAGCUCCCCACCAAUCACAGAGCAGCCAGAAUGAUCUGUUCUGGUAACAAUCGAACAUCGAGGGGCCGCGCACCAACGCCAACAGCUCAUGUUUGUCUCUAAGAAGGUUUUGUCCUGAUCGGAAGGAGUCCCCUGAUGGACAAACUCUCGUUAGAACAUUUCAGCUUCAGUCUGGAAGCCUGAGUCCUGGAGAGUCCCCGGGUAAACACCACAGCCGGUAACAGUGUUUGGGGCGAAGGUGGAUUGCAAAGUAGUUAGUCGCCUGCCUGGACUAGCACUAAGUUUAAUUUGGUAUCAGCCCAGAUUUUCACAUCUGUAGUUUGAUUCAGUGACACUGACAAACCAAGGUUUUUAAUUCUCUUUUAAAGGGUCAGUUUCUACUAAUUGUCGUGUUAAUUAUUCAUCAGUCGUAGGGAUUUUAAGUUAAACACUUGGAGGGAAUCGGUUGUAAAAUGCUGCCGCUGUUUCCUGAUUCCUCGUUUGUGACUUUUACUCUUUGCUGACAGAGUUCUUGUUUGGAGGACCGACGCUGAGCGGCAGUAGCAUGUAUUUUAACACUGUAAACUGAUCGUGUUUUUCUUUGACUGUUAGCAGAACGGACUCACUGACAAACAUGAGUCAAACAUGUUUACAACAACCUGAACCUGAACGUCCCAGAUCUGGGUUUUAAAGCUAAUGUUUACGAUGUUGUACAGUGGGCGUGCAUGAUCAUGAUGACUCUUUCUGUGAUUUUAUAACCUCGGGUUGUUUUGUUUUUCCUCACUUAUUUAAUACUUUCCCAUUUCUUACAGUUUUGUUUGUAAGAUUUCGUCUUAAAAACGUUUUUAUUUCGACGUAUCUCUGCGUCCAGACGUCUUCGGAUACUGCCGCUGUUUGAAUGUAUUGAUAAUGGGAAGCACAUUUUGACAACGAACUCACACUUUUCAGUUGUCAGUCCACUACAUGCCAAUGUGAACAGCCCCCAAAAAGGAUGUUUCUGCAGAGCUGGAGGCUGCAAUUUCAGGACUGCAAUUCUGGGACCUCCCCUCCAGGACCCUUGUGUUAUAAUCAUCAUUGGCAGUUACAUUACACACACACACAGGUGGUUCUCAUCAAGGUGAUGCUGGAGCAAGAGUCUUGGAAUUGCAGGCCCAGAUGUGCAGUCUGAAGGUCUGCAGACACAUGCUACUCGUGAACAUCAGAAAUUAAUGUAAUUGAAUGUAAUUUUACACCUUAUUUAACCCUAUAGUGGACACCACAGUAACACUUAAAGUUGUCUUUCCUAUUUUAAUACUCGCCCUGUAAUUUUAACUCAGAAAGCAGGUUAUUGAGUCUGCAGGUCAACUUCUCCAGAGUUCCCUCUCCCUGUGUCACCUGUAUACCAACCCUGUUAAUCCAAUAAAAACACUCACCACCU